UUGUUGGGGCUGGAAGGAACCCGCGCUGGCGAGGCGGAGGUGAGCACUGCUCGUGCCCGCGCCUGGCCGUCCGCCCGCCUCCGGCCGCUCGCGCCCGGGAGCGCCACUGGGUCCCUGGAGCCCGCUGCAUCCUUUGUGCGGCGCGCGGGUUGUGCCUCUCGCCCGCGGAGCGGAAUGCAGGCGCUGCGGGGGCCCUUCUCUUCUGCCCAAACUCCUGAGACAAUGGACGGUACGGGAAGCACGGACUGAGGGGGGCGAGUCGGGAAGCGAGCUCCACGGGGAAUCAUGACUUCUGCCGCGGAGAUUAAGAAGCCACCAGUGGCCCCCAAGCCAAAGUUUGUCAUGGCAAAUAAUAAGCCAGCUCCACCUCCUGUUGCACCUAAACCCGAUAUUGUGAUUUCUAGUGUUCCACAGCCAACAAAAAAACUCAAACCAGCAAUAGCCCCAAAACCAAAAGUCCUGAAGGGCUCACCUGUUCGAGACAUUGGACAGUCACCAUCAAGGAACCUCAUUGUGAACCUGGAAGAUCAUAAACAGGAAUUACCUGACAGCACUGAUGAUUCUAAUUGCAAAAGCCAGAGCAGUGAUUAUAUUUUGCCAGUGUGUUCCUGCAGUACCGAUUGUAUCCAUAAGCUUGGGAAGAGACAGAAUUUGUGUGUAAAGCAGCUCAUCUUAGAGCCUCUGGAAAUGCAUGAAAAUUUAGAAAAUGGUAAAAUUGAUGAAUUGUCUUCAUCUUUAAAAACAAGGAGUAAAUGUGAUCCUAAUGGUGAAAAGAUCAAGAGCCAGAUUGGAGUAGUUUCAAAGGCAAGCGUUCUAGAAGAGAAGCUCAAAGAUGUUUUAAAACAACGAACGUUACCUUUUAUUGCCCCACAGAAGCACCUGUCCAUAGACAACACAGAAAUAAAUGAUGGCUGUAACUCUAACAGACAAUUCAGAAUUGAAUUUGCAGAUUUGUCACCUUCCCUGUCCAGCUUUGAAAAAGUUCCUGAUCUGUACCAUUGCCACAUACAACUUCCUAGUGAUGAAUUUCAAAAUUUUGAAACUUGUCAGGAUGGAAGUGAAAGCAGUACUUGCUUUCAUUCAUCUGAACAAGAAACUCUGGAAAAUGGUAAAAGGAGUACUUUUUUGUCUUCAGAUGGAGUUAAUAAGAAAUCAGAUGUCAAAGAUCUUGAUCCCUUAGAAAUUCACUUAGUACCAUAUACCCCCAGAUUUCCAACUCCCAAGCCCAGAAAAAUACGGGCUGCUCGUCUGUUACGCCAAAAGUAUAUAGAUAUUCCUAGUGAAAAUACUGAAGAACCACAGAAUUUAGACAGAAACUCUUCUUGUCUUUUUGAAGAUAGUUUGAAAAACAGUAAAAUCAGUGUUCAUCAGAAUGUUCUGUGUUACCAGGAACAGGUGGACAAAGGGAAGCCAGGAAAUAAAAGUGAAUUGAACGUGGACUCCAAUGAUGACAGACAUAUCUUGGUUAAUUCACAGAAAACUAUGUGGCAUGAAACAUCUUCCUCUGAAAAAAUGGAGUCAGAGUUUACUUUGAGUUCUGACAGCAAGACAGUAGAUGGUUCUAGUAUGUCACUUCCUGUGGACAAAGGAACCAGUUUUAUAAGAUGCAGUACUCUAUCUAUGAGCCUGCCUAAGCAGCUCAAAUUAAGUUGCAACAAACAUUUGCCUACUGCCUGUAACCUGGGAGUGUCUGCCCCUCUAAUGCAAAAGGAAUCUACAGUAAAAGAUGAAAGUUCCUCAAGGAUUGUCCCAAAAAAACCUCAAAGACACAGCUUGCCUGCUGCAGGAGUGCUUAAGAAGGCUGCCUCAGAGGAGUUUCUGGAGAAAAGUUCUUAUCCCUCAAAUGAAGAAAAAAAUUCAGAGAAGGCUCUAGAAAGAAAACAUCAUCAUUUGUGUGCCUCAAACCAUGGUAUGUCAUCCUCCUUUGAUACGCCUAAACAACCUUCAGAAAAGCCAGUGUGGAAAUUACCUCAUCCCAUUUUACCCUUUUUAGGAAACCCAGAAUCCUUAAAGUCUGUAACUAUAUCGUCAAGUAGUGAGCCUUCAACUGCCCUGACUAAGCCUAGAGCAAAAUCAUUAUCUGCCGUGGAUAUGGACAGGUGCACUAAGCCUUGCAAAGACUCUCAAAAGAAAACCUCUUUAAGGAAGUUGCUCAACAUGAAGCUGUCCAUCUGUUUCAUGAAGAGUGACUUCCAGAAAUUUUGGUCCAAGAGUAGCCAACUUGGAGACACAGCCUCAGGCAGCCUCUCAGGUGGGGAGCAAAAAGGAAUUGAAAGUGACUGGCAUGGCUUGUUGGUAGAAGAGAAGAGAAGUAAACCCAUCAAGGCAUAUUCUGCAGAUAACUGUAAUCUAGAAUUCCAAAAGAAGAGGAAGAAAUCUCGAGGUCAGACCAGUGCAACUAAUGGACCAAGAGCUGAGUCUUUGGAUGACCAGCUGCUCUCCAGGGAGUCAUCAUCUCACACACCUUGCAAAUCUGUUACAAGUGGCUGUGCACCCGAGUAUGAAAACAUACGCCAUUAUGAGGAAAUACCAGAGUAUGAGAACUUGCCAUUUAUUAUGGCUGUAGGGAAAACUCCAGAGUUGGAAAGGCAGAAUUCCAGCAGCUUGGAGGAUACUGAUGCAAAUGUGUACGAGAUAGAAGAACCAUACGAAGCUCCAGAUGGACAGCUGCAACUCCGACCCAGACGUCAGCAUUCCAGUUCUGCAGCAUCCCAGGAAGAACACAGUGACCUGGAUCUUGGUCUCCGUGAUCUUCCUUCAGAUGAGGAGGACGUCGUCAACAGUUCUGAUGAAGAUGAUGUCAGCUCUGAUUCUAGCAAAGGGGAGCCUGACCUGCUGGGAGACAAACAGGUAUAUGAUGAAGAUGCUGGAAUUAAAAGUAAAGUCCAUCAUAUUGCCAAGGAAAUCAUGAGCUCAGAAAAAGUGUUUGUGGAUGUGUUAAAACUUUUGCAUAUUGAUUUCCGGGAUGCUGUAGCCCAUGCUUCCAGACAACUUGGGAAAGCAGUGAUUGAAGACCGGGUCCUAAAUCAGAUCUUGUACUACUUGCCUCAGCUAUAUGAGCUCAACCGGGAUCUCCUGAAGGAACUGGAGGACAGGAUGCUGAACUGGACUGAACAACAAAGAAUUGCUGAUAUCUUUGUAAAGAAGGGACCGUAUCUAAAAAUGUAUUCCACGUACAUUAAAGAAUUUGAUAAGAAUAUAGCUUUGUUGGAUGAACAGUCCAAGAAAAACCCAAGUUUUGCUGCUGUUGUGAGAGAAUUUGAGAUGAGCCCCCGCUGUGCUAACCUGGCCCUCAAGCACUACCUGCUCAAGCCAGUUCAGAGGAUCCCCCAGUACAGGCUGCUGCUGACAGAUUAUUUGAAAAAUCUCCUAGAAGACUCUGGAGAUUACAGAGAUACUCAAGAUGCCCUUGCUGUUGUCAUAGAGGUAGCUAACCACGCCAACGACACCAUGAAGCAAGGAGACAACUUUCAGAAACUUAUGCAAAUUCAGUACAGCUUAAAUGGACACCAUGAAAUAGUGCAGCCUGGACGGGUUUUUCUUAAAGAAGGAACUCUGAUGAAGCUGUCUCGGAAAGUCAUGCAGCCCCGAGUAUUUUUCCUGUUUAAUGAUGCCCUGCUGUAUACAACCCCGGUGCAGUCUGGGAUGUAUAAACUGAACAACAUGCUCUCUUUGGCUGGAAUGAAGGUCAGAAAACCCACCCAAGAAGCAUAUCAGAAUGAACUAAAGAUUGAAAGUGUAGAACGUUCCUUCAUCCUCUCAGCCAGUUCUGCCACAGAAAGGGAUGAAUGGCUAGAAGCAAUUUCCAGGUCAAUAGAAGAGUAUGCCAAGAAAAGAAUCACAUUCUUCCCAAGUAGGAGUCUCGAUGAGGCUGACUCCGAGGAUAAAGAGGAAGUUAGUCCUCUUGGAUCAAAGGCUCCCAUCUGGAUUCCUGAUACCAGAGCCACAAUGUGUAUGAUCUGCACAAGUGAAUUUACUCUGACCUGGAGACGGCAUCACUGCCGGGCCUGUGGAAAGAUUGUAUGCCAAGCUUGUUCAUCAAAUAAGUAUGGCUUAGAUUACCUGAAAAAUCAACCAGCAAGAGUAUGUGAACAUUGUUUCCAAGAACUGCAGAAAUUAGAUCACCAGCAUUCUCCUAAGAUUGGAUCUCCUGGAAAUCACAAAUCUUCAAGUGCCUUAUCAUCGGUCUUACAUAGUAUUCCAUCAGGGAGGAAACAGAAAAAAAUCCCAGCAGCUCUCAAAGAAGUAUCAGCAAACACAGAAGAUUCUUCUAUGAGUGGCUACUUGUACAGAUCAAAGGGCAAUAAAAAACCUUGGAAACACUUGUGGUUUGUCAUAAAAAAUAAAGUGCUAUAUACAUAUGCCGCAAGUGAGGACGUGGCAGCUUUGGAGAGUCAACCUUUACUAGGAUUCACUGUCACUCAAGUCAAAGAUGAGAAUUCAGAGGCUAGAGUAUUUCAGUUAUUACACAAAAGCAUGUUAUUUUAUGUAUUCAAAGCAGAUGAUGCUCACUCAGCUCAGAAGUGGAUAGAAGCAUUUCAGGAAGGCACAAUAUUGUAGCAGUAUUGGUUUCAUCUCUUCUGUGAUUCCAAAAGGGUGGAAUUUCAUCAGAAUGGAGUAAAUGCAGUACAAAAAAUUUUAUAUAAAUGAACACUGCCAAAAGAAAUCCAACCAAAAUAUUCAUCAAGUAUAAAAAAUAAUUUUGUUAGGCAUGAAGUAAUUUUUUAAAUGUUUGUUUAUUCAUAUAUGUUAUUUAUUAAAAUGUUGAUGUUUACUUAAUGGUCAGAAUUAUAUCUGAGACUCACUGAAUUCUAAAGUACCUUUUCUGUAGAAACCAGAAAACCAAUCUUAAUAAGUUUGGACCCAGUCCACACUGUUUUCUCAAUGUGUUUUACAGUGUUUCAUUGUAACAUUUUCACUAGUUUCUGUAAAUAAAAACACACAUCAAGGAGCAAAUUUCCGGUCAGUGUUUGGUAUAGAAAUUAUGAUUAUAAAACUUAUAACAAAAAAAAUUCAUGUCUUUGAAUCAAUAAACUUAGAUGAAUUUUUGUGUCUUUUAAUGGAAAAACACAUAGCCAACUUCUACCUCAGUAACUGUGAAAUGAAAUUCCAUUAAGUUAUCUAAAGCAUUUCUACUGUUAUGUAGCUCUUUUGGCAUGAGAUAAUGUUAUAUCAUCAAGGAGUUACAGCAAAGGGAUAGAAUCUGAAUUCUUUAUUUAACUGAACCUAUGAGUAGGGAAAGAGGAUGUUUUCAAUUGCAGAGGAACACAAUAAUGUAAAGGCCUUUACAUUAAAUCUAUCUUUUUUUAAAAGCUACCAGUUCAACAGAAACUAUUAUGAUUUUUUUUAAAAGCAAAAUAUGACAAACAUUAUAUUACAUAAUGUCCUUUGAUAUUGUGUUCUGAGCUCAAGUCAAUGGUGGUAUUUAUAUCUUAAAAAUUUUUUAUAUUUCCCAUAAUAUUUCCUAUAAUAUUGUGCUUUUAAAAAUCAACCGUAAUUACAUAUCAAAAAGGCACAAGUUCUAAGCCAGUAUUAACUGAAAUUGUAUAAUAUUAGUUUUUAAAUACCACUUUGUGUUAUGUCCUCCUUGGUAAUUAAAACAAAUCCUUUACCUUUAGCAAUUGUCAGCACACUUCAUUAGGAAAGAUUUACAUUCAUACUUCUGGUGCACUUUGUACAUAAAAUUUGUUGAUUAGCAAAAGAAAAAUGAAAUUAAUACUAUGAUUACUAAAGUCCUUUAUGUUCAUGAUAUACAUUUAUUGACUGAGCUUAAAUAUAAAUUGUCUUAAAAGACAAGGUUAUUCAUUAAAGGGCACUAGAAUUUUCCCUUCUGCUUUUUUGUAAACUAUUUCCUAAUUCAGUGUGAUACAAUUGCCCAGAGAAUUACUGAGUGCCUUUCUGAAGUCUUUUUAAUGUAAUCUGUUGCAGCACCAAAUUACCCACUAAAUCUAAGCUUGGCUGCUGUAGUUUUUCUGGCUAUUUCCUGCUACUGAAUCAUUUAAACCCUGCUAUAACCUUAUGCACCAUCCUCACAAGUUAUCUCUCUAGUCUUCCUGUUAUAGCAGGUAAACAAAUACUUCUUUGCAACUCACUAAUUUUAAUCAAGAUGGCACAAAUAAGGCUACCAUGUUAAAAUCCAUGCAGGUUUUGUUGUAUCCUUUUUGAAGACCAAGGUCAUACCUUAUGAAGUGUUUCCUUCGGUUUCAUUUUGCAAAAUGACAAAAUUAUUUGGAAUUCCUCCCCACCUUUUGUGCUGUCAACCAUCUGAUUACAUGACUUAGCUUAAACUGCAGAAUUUAAAAACUAUCAGCCAGACUAUCCUAUCUUCCAGUAGUUGGCUGAAUCAAUAACCAGUUAUAAACCUAAAUAGAAAAAAACACUGCACAAACUUUUAGUAAUUCUCCUAAUUACAUGUGAAACUCAUGUACAAUUGUACUAGCUUUUGACUUAGCCCUGUGGAGGGCUUUGAAAACUUUAUAAAACUAUAAAAUAUAGCCUUUUGAGGAAGCUAACAAAUUACCCCUACCACCCAUCCCCAUAGAGAUGUUUUAAAUGUGGAACAGUAUUUCCCCCUUAUCAAUCUUCAUAACUUAUUAAAGCUGAUCCUUUAUUUAUUUAGCCUGGGAAUUCAGUGUCAACUGAGAAGCCUAAUUAUAUACAUUUUGUUGUAAAGCUCAUUUAUAAAAACAUCUCUUGAUAGCUAACUUUUAGAGAAAAAAAUGGUGUUGGGUGCAUUCUAUAUAUGAGGACAAAGUAUAAAUAGUACUAAAUCCUAAAAUACUGUAUUGAUGAAACUGAUAGCAUGUGCUUCAAACCCUUUUCAAGUAUCUCCUUUUAUCCACGAGGAGGAGAAAGAGCAGUUGCAAAGCUAAGAUAGAAAUACUGCUGAAAUAGCCUAGACAAGAAAGAUAUGCCAGGUUAAACUUAGGGGAAGGCUGGUGUUCGUAGUAUGUGGCCCCAACCAGUGUUCCUCCUCUACCUUUGGUAGCUCUAAAUGUAAAGGACCCACUGGAAUCCUAGCAAAAUGAGAAAGGUUUCUUUGGCAUCAUUCCGUGUUUCUGAACUUCUCUUUAACCUCUUUUCCCAUUGUACCUGAUAUCUUCCUAUUGUCCUUUGCCAAAGAUACUUAAUUCUGUCUUAUGCAACCAAAAGCUUGCUUCUUUGACUAUGCAGUAGCAUUUCUUAAAGGGAGAUCAUCAGAGCAACUUUUGUUUAAUAUAAAGCAGUGAAAGAAUUAAUUGAAGAAGACAAUUUUAAAGUAUAGUUUUGUUAGCCAAGUGUACUUAUUGGGUUGGCAGAAUAUGUCCAGAAAUAGGGAAAGCCUGCUAUUUAGUAAUUUAGUUUGUAAAUGUUAUCACAGCAUAUGUUGAUAUGUCUGGGAGGAUGCUUCCAUUGUACUCAGUUUUUGAAGUUUGAGACCCAUUGUAGUCAAAUGCUGUCACUGGGAUUUCCAGAGGGUAAGUCCUGUUUAUCUUACUAUACUAUAAACUCCUUGAAGGCAGAUACUCUAUCUAAUACAUCAGUUUCUCAAAAAAUGCCCCAUAUCUUUCUAAGAGAAAAGUAUGUAUUGAAAUGAAUAGGUGGGGUCAUCAGGAUUCUUAUCAUCUACAACUCUAACACAGUCCCCCAAAUUCCCUCACUAUAACUCAGACCUCCUCUUUCCACUGUCCUGGGAGAACAUAUUUGCAAUUAUCUGUUGGAUAGCUAUACACAAGCCUUUCUUUAGCAUUUUAAACCUUACUUAAUUAAAAGAACUGUCUUUUCAUUUGAAUCUGUUUUCUUCUAUAGUGGAAAAACACCAUUCUAGGUUCCAGAAUCUGCCUCCAGGUCUCAAGAAGACCCUCUGCAAUUGCUCGUUUCCCUUCCCUCUCCAAGGCCCUUCUCUUUCCCCAUUGUCCCUGGCUUAAGUCCUUGUUACCUCUUCCCAGUGACUGGAAUCUUGUAAUUCCAGUGCCUUCUUUGGGUGGUCCCAUUUUAAGUGCUUCAGAAGCCAAGCUCUAAUCUAGUUUCAUCCCUGCCCUUUUACAACCUUCAUUAGCUUCCGAGUGGUGUGGCAUGGAACACUUUCCCUCAGGUUUCACACACUUCAGCUAACCCCAGUCCAACCUUUCUCCAUUCACACAGUAUUUCUUUUUACUCACCCUCUCCUUCAUCUCUGUUUCUGCCUACCCAAGACUUCUUUGUGAUGGUUGAUCCAAGCCUUUCUCCCAAAUUCCACUCUUCUCUCCUCCAGACUAGAUCUACUCUCCCUUUCCCCUGCAGCCCCCAUAGCCCCCAUAGCCCUUAGCUUUAUAAACAAAACUUUCUUACAGUGCUUACCACAUUCUAUUCUUGAGAACAGCAACUUAUCUUGUUCAUUUGAGACUCCCUCUUAGCAUCUGGCAGAGUGCCUUUGCAUGAAGUGGACACACUCAGUAUUCGUGAAUUAAACUAUUUCAGAUGGAUCCCUUUUUUUUAAGUGCCUCCAAUACACAAAUACCACUCAGGAGUCUAUGCCAUUUUUAAUGUUAUCUUCUAAAGGAAAAUCUUUAUCUGUGACUUAUUCCCAUUUAAGAGAAGAGAUAAAAAAUUUACAGUAGAAUUUUUUGUAAGAUAAAAGUAGUAGGAAAUUUUCAAAAAGCCUCAAUAUCAAAUUCUUUUUUGGGAAGGUGGGGGAAGGAUAGGGGGUGCAUUUUUCUUUUUAUAUGAGUUGGUCAUAGCGUGUUAACCUAUUUUGAAGAACUGUUGUUUUCUUAAAUGACUUAGAAAUUCAUAAAAACACUUUUUACCUAAAGUGAUAAUAGUUGUAUCUUAUUGUCCAUAUAGAGAUAUAGAUCCUUUAUUAAAAAUUAGCAUUGUAAAUAAUGUUAAUAUGUAUUAUAUUUAUGCAAAAUAAAUGUACUAUAUCUA